GGGGGGCCCGGGGGCUCCGCCGGCACCUCCCCAGCCCCGCGGCGGCUGCCCCCGCCCGGCUCCCCGCGCCGCUCCCGGCCCAGCUGCCUCCGGCUCCGGCUCCGGCUCCAGCUCCCGCCCGCCGGUCCGGAGCUGCCGAGAAAGGCGUCCCUGGGGCGGGCUGCCUCGGGCCGGGGAGGGAAGUGCGCGUCUGCCUCGCUGCCCACAUCUGCAGCGCACGCAUCUGCCCCUGCACACACACGUGCAUCUGCACACACGCACAUGUCCCCGCACACACACAUAUGUGUGUGCACACACACAUACACCUCGUCCCUACACAUACAUGCACAUCUCUCUACACGCACCCUGCACAUGCACAUCUACCCAUACACACACACCUCUACACACACAUCUCUGCCCCUACACACACCUACUCUACCUUUACACACCUCUAUGCACACAUCUCUGGCCAUACACACACCCCUUCACAGCUACCCUACUCUUAUACCCCUCUACACACACGUCUCUACAGAUACACCCCCCUCUACACACACACACACACAUCUCUACACAUACAGAGCACAAGCUUUUGUGAACCCAAGCUCACUUCAUCAGAUGCUGUGCAAAGAUGCGCAGAAAGCAGAGGACAAGGAGAAAAACUAGCAUACAAAAGACAAGAGGGGCAGUGCUAGGAGAGACAAGCAAAAGAGCAGUAAAGCCCUGUGUCUCCUGCACUGCACUGCACUGCACUGCACUGCACUGCCUGUUCCAUAGGAUCUCUCUGGAGCAGAGGAGUGUAGUGUGAUACCCAGCAUUUGGCCACCACCUCAAGGCACAAAGAGCUUGCAGGCACACAUGCAAAAGAUAACCGAUGCUGCCCAGACACCAUCAACUAGUUUUGCUCUCAGGGCUAUGCAUCUUAGCCUACUGUGCCAGUUACCAUCAGUGUAGUGCCAGUGGGAAUAUGGAGUGCUGACAUAAUAGUCACUUUAGUGCAGUUAGCCUCCCACUGCUGUCUCCCAGGGCCCCAGUCAUCGCCUAGCUGGCUUGUCUGACACUGUCUGUUCUCUGUUCGUUAAAGGUCAAGUUUUCAGGCCACGCUUGUGGAUGCUGAAGAGAUGCAGGAAGACUCUGGCCAUGUGUUGCAGAUUCUUUAAGUUGCUCAGGAUGUACUGGCUGCUCUACUCCUGUGUUCUCUGACAAUGAGCCCCAACUUCUCCCUCAGCCAUGGGAAAGGCCUGAGGAACCUCACAACCCAGGAAGAUGGGGCCAUCAGAGUGACAGAGUCAGUGGCAAUUAUUGUCAUUGCUAUCUUCAUCUGUUUGGGCAACCUGGUGAUUGUCGUGACCCUCUACAGGAAGUCUUACCUCCUAACACUAAGCAACAAGUUUGUGUUCAGCCUGACACUGUCCAACCUCCUCCUCUCCAUACUGGUACUGCCUUUUGUCGUCACCAGUUCCAUCAGGCGGGAAUGGAUCUUUGGAGUGGUGUGGUGCAACUUUUCUGCCCUGCUCUACAUGCUGAUUAGCUCGGCCAGUAUGCUUACCCUGGGCCUCAUUGCUAUUGAUCGGUACUAUGCUGUCCUAUACCCAAUGGUUUAUCCAAUGAAGAUCACAGGAAACAGAGCAGUGGUAGCCCUGGUGUACGUGUGGCUACAUUCCCUCAUUGGCUGCCUCCCUCCUCUCUUUGGCUGGUCUUCUUUGGAAUUUGACCAGUUCAAAUGGAUGUGUGUGGCUGCGUGGCAUAAAGAGGCAGGCUACACUGCCUUUUGGCAGAUCUGGUGUGCUCUGUUGCCCUUCCUGGUGAUGAUGAUUUGCUACGGAUUCAUAUUUCGCGUGGCUCGCGUGAAGGCACGCAAAAUUCACUGUGGCAGCGUGGUCAUUGUAGAGGAGGAUGCACAGAGGAAUGGGAGAAAGAACUCUAGCACCUCCACCUCCUCUUCAGGCAGUCGAAGGAAUGCUUUCCAAGGGGUUGUCUACUCAGCCAAUCAGUGCAAAGCUUUCAUCACUAUUUUGGUUGUGAUUGGUGCUUUCGUGAUCACUUGGGGGCCUUACAUGGUUGUAAUCACAUCAGAGGCACUUUGGGGGAAAAACAGCAUUUCCCCUGCUUUGGAGACAUUAGCAACGUGGCUGUCAUUUUCAAGUGCCAUUUGUCAUCCGCUGAUAUAUGGACUGUGGAACAAAACUGUGCGCAAGGAACUCUUAGGAAUGUGCUUUGGUGAUCGGUAUUACCGGGAGUCAUUUGUUCAACGUAAUAGGACAACCAGGUUAUUCAGCAUUUCCAAUAGGAUCACAGACCUGGGACUCUCUCCCCAUCUCACAGCCCUCAUGGCUGGUGGACGGCCAUUAGGAAACAGCAGCAGCACGGGUGACACUGGUUUCAGCUGCUCCCAGGAGUCAGGUACAGAUGUGAUGCUGCUUGAAGACUACAGCUCAGAUGGAGUUCAUCACCCGCACUGCAUUUAUCCUCCUCGACGAAGGAGUUCUGUGACAUUUGAAGAUGAAGUGGAACAAAUCAAAGAGGCUGCAAAGAAUCCUGUUCUUCAUGUAAAAGCUGAGGUCCAUAAAUCUCUGGAGAGCUAUGCAUCUAGCUUAGCCAAAGCUAUUGAAACUGAUGUGAAAAUCAGCCUGUUUGGGGAAGAUGCUUUACCAGGAUCUUUGUUCCCUGUGAAGACGGUACCAGGCAGCAAUGUGGGUACGCGGCGUGGCGGCAGGGCUCACAUUAGCCAAAGACUUCAGCUGCAAAGCAUUGAUGAAGGGAAUAUUUGAUAAGAGCACUAGAACAGAAGAAACCACUAGAUAGGACCCAGUACUGUUACAAUUAUUUUGAGACAAAGUAUUCAGAGUGGUUAAUGGCAGUGUUUGUCAAGAACAUUUGAAAAUACCUGGAUUCUUCGAAGUAUACACAUACACAUGAGCUUUAGAGUAGUAUUUACUUACUGUUCAGUGGGCAAUAAAUAUCUUUUUGCCAUUUUUUUAAAAAUUUGGUAUGCGAUACAUAGAAACACAGGAUUUACCUGAAAGGACCAAAUAAUUGGCCCUUCUAAUCCAGUGUCAUCAUUCGCCCAUGCCUGAUAUUUCCUAGGAAAGCAAGAAAACAAUCCAUGUUCUAUAAGGCAUUAUGGAGCUUACUUUCUGGCCCCUGAGAAAGUCAGUUUAUACCUUAGCACAGGGGAUGACUGCUCUGAUUUGAGCCUGUGAAAAUGGCUACUUUAUACACAGUGUUAUUGUGAAGAAUUUCAAAUGACAGGAGCCUGCAUUUAACUAAGGCACAGAAUCUGACCCUAUUUUUCAGAUUUGCAGCAUCCAAAUUAAAUUCACUUUAGCUGGUAGCUCAGAUUAUUGACUGUUUAAUCAUAAGAAGGUAAAAUAGGAAGUUGGGUUCCAGAUCACUUUAUUCCCCUGGACAACAGUUUCAUCACAAAGUUCAGCUAUAUUUUUCACAUCACGUACUGCAUAUAUAAUGGGAAGAUGAUAAUAAUAAUAAUUUUACAUAAUUAACAUGCAGGUAUUUUUAGUUUUUCCCAUUGAGAAUAUCCCUGUGGAUUUCUUGUACUAAAAGGCCUUGUGCAGCGAUUGAGUUUUAACACGGAUUAGACAGAAUAUAAAUAACGCCUUGCCGCUUAAUAUUGACAUUCAGGAAUAAUCUUGAAUUAAGAUUUUACCAGAAAGUUUAUCUUCUUGUGUUGUUUAAGCAAAAUAGCUACCUCAGUGCUAGUAGUUCUUGGUAUUUGGAAAUUGUAAAAAUGACAGUACAUUUUAAUAUGUAACCAUCUAAACAUAAUUUAAUGUUUAACAAUUUAAACCUAAUUUAAUGUUUAACCACUUAAACGCUAUGUUUAUAAUGUUGAAAUAAUAUUUACUAUUUAAACAUUUAAAUACAAGACCAUUAAAACACACUUGUAACUUUGGGAGCCUAUACACAUGCAGGGAGGAUGCUCCAAUGUGCUGUAAUUACUCGAUUAAUUGAGUCUGCUGAAGCAUGGUAAUUACCAUACUUCAACAGACUCCAGUGUCACAUGUAUCAGUGUCCUCAUGCUGUAAAAUAGCGGUGGGGGCACUUUAACUAAAGCUCAUUCAAUGAGCUUUAGUUAAAGCACCCCUGCAGCCAUUUUUCAGGGCAGGGAUGCUGAUACACCUGACACUCUGGGUGCUUUAAUUAAAGUGGGUCUCAGAGCCGCUCUAAUUAAAGCGCUUCCUCCCCUCUCCACCCUGCUCCCGGAGCAUGUAUAUACUAUAAACAAUAAUUAAUUCCAAGAAUGACAGCUAACAUUUUUAUAGCACUUUCCAUGUUCUAGAAACUAUAUAAACAGUACAUAAUUAACACAUACAGCCCCUUUAUCCCAAGAGGCAGGUAGACUUGUAGCAUAAUCAGAUACCAUUGAGGCAGAGUAGUAAAAGGCCAUGUUUGUUUCAGAAGUAUUUUCUAAAGUUGGGUGACUCAUGUUUUGAGUGCCCCCUAGAAGCUACAGGUGCUCAGGACCUCUAAAAAUUAAGGACAUGGUAUCCCAAUUUGGGCACCCAAAAACCAAGUGAACACUCCUGAAAAUAUGGCUGUCUGUGAUUUACCUAAGGCCAUAGCCAGGAUUUAUAUCAGAACUCCUGUCUGCAAACUGCUAGCUUGUACCUGUCUCUGAUUCUUGUCCAGCAAAGUAUUUAAAUACAUGCUUAAGCCCAUCCUAAAAUAUUUAAGCUGUUGCUUGCCUUUAAGCACUUGUUGGUUAGGGACAGACAUUACACAUAAACCAGUUUAAGUGAUCAGAAAAUGGUUUAAACUUGUAACAGAACAAAUGUUCAGUACACAUAACCCAGUUUGAGAAUGGCUGAAAGCAGUUUGAGAUAAACCUGCUUGAAUUCAGUAUCAGACUUAACUGAUUUGCCUCAAACCGGUUUAUGCAAUGUCUGUCCCAGACCCCUUGCUGGUUUAAGUUAAAUCAGACUCCACCAACAUCCUGGCAUGCUCUCUGGGUUGGGCAGGUCUCUCUGCUCCACAGCAGGGCUGGCUCCUCCCUUCUGCUCCCUGGCUGCAGCUCCAGCAGUCUCUGCAGGCAUCUGCCUGGCUUCUGCCCUCCCAUUCUUUGCUAAGCAGGCAUUCCCCCUCCCUCACAGACACCUCUCAGCAUUAGCUAGCAAACCACGUACUGGCUACCUCGGAGCUGCGGCACAUGGGACAAAGGCAGAAUCAACAGAUAGCUGGUAAUGUCCCUCUGUUUACUUAAUGGGGUGAUAAGCACUGAGUCAGGGGUGAUAAACAUCCCCCUCUGAGCUGUUGAGGAGCAGAGGAACCCUUCCUAAUAAUCAUAGCAUCCUGCUGGGCCUGGCCACACCCCUCUCAGCUCAGCAACUGGAAGGGAAGGGAGAGCUGCUUUAGAGCCCCCCAGCUUCUGGCCUGAGCCACUGCAGGCAUGUGCCUGCAUGUCUGGGAUGCUUGUUUGGUUACAAACUGAUUUAGCCUAGCCAGGUUAGACUAACCUGCAAAGAUUAAAUCAAUUCAGGCUCAGGCUUUUUUAAUGUCUGUCCCUACCUGUCAAGUCCCACUGAGUCAUUCGGGGCCAACCUUUUGACAAGCGUGCCACAAAUUAGCCCCCAUCCUCCCUGACUGCCUUCCCCUGCCCAAUCAGAUGCUCUGCUUUGUGCUUCCAGACCUGUGCUCCCUCUCUGAUCUGCUACUUUACUUUCUGCUUCCUUCACUGUACUCCCCACCCAACCUGCUGCUCUCUUUUCUGCUCCUUGUCCUAUCUGCCACUGUGCUGCCUGUCUUCUCGCUGGUCUGCAGUAUGCCACAGGCAGAGUCUGCCUGCGCCACUUCUGGUACAUGUGGUAUAAGUGGACCACCCCUGCAUUAAGUCAUAGAUUUUAAGUGCACUCCUAAAAUUAAGCAUGUAAUUUCCUGAUUGAGAAUUGAUUGUUGAGUCGAGGUCUCUAUGAGCCACUAAGGUGGCAUGUUUUUAUGAAUACAAACUAUUCAGGAAUGAAAGGGUUAACAGCAAAAGGCGGUGAGAAGCUGAAGGCCCACAGAACAGCUAGGGAUCACAGCAACUCAUUAUUUUCACCUUACUUUUUUCUGUGUAUAGAACUGCCACCUUCAGGCACACAUUCAAAGAUAUAAAAUCCCAUCCCUGAGCCAGGAAAUGCCCUGCACUGAGGUCAUGAUUGCCAGUGUACGAUGAUUAUGCAGCAAGAAAAAUAUACCUCUGGACCUUUUUUCAUGAAUGAUGGUUCCCUAUGGCUGUUCUCUGGAAUAAGUGUUCCUAGAGAAGGAUCCCUCCCACCGCAAAGACAUUGGAUGUAAUUACCCACCAGAUUGCUAGAAAUACUUGUUUUGCAUUCCAGUUGACUUGGUAGAGUUUUAUUUUACAACAACAAAAGGUCAGUGAGAGUUAAGGAAAUAAGGUGCUUGGUUUAAAGGGAUGCACACAAGAUUGCUUGGGUAAACUCUCCUUCACCAUCAGGUUGGGAUGAGAUAGUUGUUAGAAUUCUGGCAGAAAAGCAUAAACUGGAGGAUACAAUUCAUCAAGGCAUACAGAGAAAUGCCAAAAGUGUUGCACAAAGAGCACCUAAUGCACUAAAAUACUGCCCUAAUUCAGCCCCCUGGGAAGGUCAGCAGAAUUGCAGCUGCUUACAGCAGGGUUGAAUUUGGCUCUUUGUUCCUUUCACUAGUACAUUAACAACAUAUGAUGUUUUUACUAAACAGACCACAUACCCUCCCCACGGUGCUGUUGUCAUCUAUUGAUGCUUUCUGGUUUGAAAUCUCUUUAGGGAAAUUGCUAAGGAACACAUUCCUUUCAGAAAAUUAUAUGCAGAAUACGAAAAAGCAUAUUGUUUCCAGACAGUGAGACCAAGCAGGAUGCAGUUUUAUUCUUUUUGAGAAAUAAAAGAUUAAAAAAACAGCCAUAAAGUUUUUAAUAAUCUAAACAUCCUUAGUAACAGGGGAGGAUUUUUUUUUAAGCAUGACAGUGGUCCUUUAAAGAAAAACAAAGUUUUUCUUUGGAAAUGUUUUUUAUUGGACCAAUUGUUACUUCACCUGAAGGGCACUUUAUGCCUGAAAGCUUAACAUCUUUUUCCCAACUACACAGUUGGUUCAACAAAGGUAUCACCAGAAAUAACCUUGCUUCUCACCAUUGUGGCUACAAAAGCACUUCCUUUGAGGAAAGUCUAGCUUCAAGACAAAUAUCUGGGAGUUCCUGCAAUCUUUCCCUUAGACACCCACUCCAGUAUUGGGAAACUCGCCAAUGCAGGAGAGUUGAUUCCCACGUUACAACUUUAGGUUUUGAUCAACGAGGGGUAGCCAAAAUUGGAUUCAGGUUUGUUUCUUCAAGAGGGGGUAAUUUCUGUCCCCCUCCUAAGCUUCCACAUAUGAAAUGCUACAUCCAGGGCCAUAAGUGCAAAGGAGGUCCCAGACCUCCAGGCUGGCUGUCUGCAUGUCACUUCCCCUGGACACGUGGCCCCAGACACUGUCACUGCAUAGCCUCCCAGAUUGAAAUGUCUAUGAUCCACCAAAUAGCUGUUUAUUAGGCAGGUCAAGCUCUUCAGGAUCUCAGAUAUUCCAGAUCAGGAAGGUAUUUUAAUGUGCACCUACACUGACAUGUGUGAGUUACCUUAUCUGCCUCCUGAAAUUAGUCACUUGCCUGUGUACCUCUCUGAAUCAGGAUCUUGAGAGCACUUGACCCCUUUUCAAAAGGAAAUCUAGAAAGCCCUAGAAAUAUGUUUGUCUUGCAUUGUUUUAUGACCAGUAAUAAAAAACCAUAUUUGAACAGUUAAAUAAAAGAUGCAAUGCCAAUCAUGCUUUCCUUGUUGCUAAUUCUGAUACAAUUGGCUUCAGUGGAAUUCAUGCAGCAUUACACGUGUCAGUCCUCAAGAUCUGACUUAAAACCACUCUGAACCAUUUUUUUCAUAAGACUAAAGCAGUUUUUCACCUGCCUUUCAUUCUCCAAAUAGCAUACACCCUGAAAUAACAAAAUGGGUGUGACAUGCUGGAGGGGGAGGGGUGCUUUCAGCCCUUUUUUGUAAACAAAGGGCCAAAUUGAGCCUUUAGUUAUACUGACGUAAACCCAGAAAAAGUUAGUGGUGUUACAUGAGAGUAACUGAUGUCAGAAAUUAGCCCCAGCUGUAUGCUAUAUAUUAAGAUGUCUCUUCCAUUUGCUCCUUUUUGUGUGAUAAAAUUAUGCAUGUGGGUCAUGGUGUUUAAAUAUUUUAUUAUAUUAUUUAAUUUCAGUUUACAGUGGGCUUGUAAUGUGGCAUAGCACUUCAUAUGAGUGAUAAUAGUGUUAAAAAACGUGCACCCUCUAUUUAAAACUAUUCCACAGAUAAAAGAAAGCAUUUCUAGGACGAUCGUUCUGUUCCACUUUUGUAAGCCAGAAGUAACUACACCAAAGCCCAUGGAGAAGUAUAAAAGGAGAAUCAAGUGCUAAAUAUUUUUUAAUGUGGUGAUCAUUUCAACUCAAAGAAACUAUACUGACUGUAGAUUUAUAGAAGUAGAAUAGGUGACAGUCUAAAGUAGCUACAAUCAGUGUUGGCCAAUAUACUGUUUUUGUACAAUUGUCAUGGUACUGUAUGUUGUUACUGGGCACAGGAUUCUGUAACUAUAAUAAUAUUCUGAUUCAUGAGACUUUUGGUAAAUUUUGUAUACAUUUUGUAUUCCUCACUUCCCCUGACCUUCAGUGUUAAUAUGGAUACUAUAUUUUUUUCUUACUUUGAAAAAAUUAAAGUGGAUGCACACUGAAA